AUGGCUUUCUGGGUUGGCUGGCCGUUGUGGGAGAAGUUGAGCUUUGUAUGUCGAGGCCUGCUGGGCUUUUUGUACAUGGAGGGCAGGAAGCUGACGAUGAUGCAGGUUGUUGUAUUUGUAUAUGCCUGUUGUGUCCUCGCAUUCAACACGUGGAUGACCCGCCGAUAUGCCGCCACUGAAUCGCGCCAGAAGGACCAAGAGGCAGAGCUAUACCCCAUGCUAUCGCGAGAUGAUGUGCCAUUCGGUGCCAAAGCCCUCGAACGAGGUGUGCAGGUCGAAGGCAUUUGGGUCUCUAAUCACAACACUCCACAUUCGAGCACACUCCAUCCCGAAACACCAACUACGGACCAACCAUCGAGCCCUGACAUGAGGAAGUAUCCAGUGCGCCCGCCAACUCCAGCCUCGUCCGUGGCCAUCGAGAAUGCAAAAUAUUCUCGAAAGUCUCUACCUGCAGACACUCCGACUGCAUCAAGUUCUGAGGUAGAUCUUGUCGUGGCCACCGAGAACCCAGACCAAACUCGCGUCCCCGCUGAAGUCUACACUCCUGCGAUGUUUUCCCAGACCCCGAGCUCGCCAAGUACCUUCGGCCGCCACAGUGAGAGCUUCGUCGGCGACAAGAGGUACAAACAGAAGCGUGCCAGCUUCCACUCCCGAAUCUGGCAUGCAGGCCAAGUCUUUGACAACCAGCCUGCGGCGGGUCCUCGUGAUCGUGAUGAGCUGGGUUGGGCCCAAACUGGCAAUGCUGUUGCCCAUUCGCCAGAUGAGCAGCGCCGGGCUUCACGGAUGUCCAGAGUUCUUCGCAAGCGAUCCUCAGAGGAGUUUCGGCGAAAGAUGAGCGCCAUCUUCAACGAGCGAAUCCAUAUGAACGUGCCGUCCGAGAGACUCGAAAUUGAUCCAAUGUUCCGACCCACUCAAAGCCCACACAAACGGAAGUCGAUACUCACGCAAUCUCGUUCAUGGAACCAGACUCACUCACUUGGAACUAUGACUGCCGACAUGGAAACACAAGGGGAGCACGAUGAUGGUGGUUUGACUGGUCCUGGGGCUCCGACCCCGCUCUCUGCUCUGGAGGGGAUGGCUGGCUUGACUGCCCGAGAUAUUAAAUUGUUUGUGGACGCUGGAUAUCACACCGUCGAGAGAGUUGCUUUCACACCAAAGCGCCAGCUGGAGCAGAUCAAGGGCAUCUCAGAGCAAAAGGCUAGUAAGAUCCUGGCUGAGGCUAAUAAGCUCGUUCCCCUGGGAUUCACAACCGCCACCGAGAUGCAUGCUCGACGAAGUGAGCUUAUUUCCGUUACAACUGGAUCCAAACAACUAGACACCUUGCUUGGUGGUGGUAUCGAGACCGGGUCAAUCACAGAGAUUUUUGGAGAAUUCAGAACGGGAAAGAGUCAGAUCUGCCACACUCUUGCAGUAACCUGCCAAUUGCCCUUUGAUAUGGGUGGAGGUGAGGGCAAGUGUCUCUACAUCGAUACCGAGGGAACCUUCCGGCCCGUUCGACUCCUGGCGGUUGCCCAACGAUACGGACUCGUUGGAGAGGAAGUCCUCGACAAUGUCGCUUAUGCUCGAGCUUACAAUUCCGACCAUCAGCUACAGCUGCUUAACCAGGCCUCUCAGAUGAUGUGUGAGACCCGAUUCUCACUCCUCAUCGUGGACUCGGCCACCUCGCUCUAUCGUACAGACUUCAAUGGCCGUGGUGAGCUUGCAUCACGGCAGACCCAUCUCGCGAAAUUCUUGCGCACAUUGCAGCAUCUCGCGGAUGAGUUUGGUAUUGCGGUUGUCAUCACCAAUCAGGUUGUCGCCCAAGUCGACGGUGGCCCCAGCGCCAUGUUCAAUCCCGACCCUAAGAAGCCUAUUGGAGGCAACAUCAUUGCUCACGCUAGUACAACACGGCUUAGCUUGAAGAAGGGCCGAGGAGAGACCCGUAUUUGCAAGAUCUAUGACAGCCCCUGCCUGCCCGAAAGCGACUGUCUGUUUGCCAUCAACGAAGAUGGCAUUGGCGAUCCUAGUGAGAAAGAUCUGGAGAAGGACUAG